AUGAAGAUCUUAACAGCUGAAGAAAUUGAAGCUCAUCAUUACCACACACUUUCCGGUGGUGUGAAAGGUGCCGUGGCCGGAGUGAUCAUCUCCGGACUUAUCUUCAAAUUGGCACCUUUGAGAUUCCCAGCUUUCCGGCCAGCAAAGAUGCCAUGGUCACUAAAAACUGCAAUGUUCAUUACGCCUCCCACAUUGCUGACUUCGAUUUGUGCGGAAGAAGCGUCGACUGCGUUCGAACAACAGAUGUACGGUUCCAAUGCCACAACGAACGCAGCUGUGGAAGACCACCGUCGCUGGAAACAACUGCCAUGGUCUGAAAAAUUGAUCGAAGGUGUGUCCAGCAACAAGUACAAAAUCAUCGUUGCAGCAUGGGCAGCUUCGCUGUACGGUUCCUGGAAAUUGGUGGACCGGGACCCUAUCAUGACCAAAACGCAAAAAGCUGUACAGGCCCGUAUGUAUGCCCAGACUGUGACCGUUGUGUUGCUGCUGGGAUCCAUCGGACUGUCCAUGUAUGAGGAAAAACAACACCCAGAUGCACGCAGACUCGAAGAGUCUCGUCGUUGGGAAAAAGUGCUGGAGCGUGCUGAAGAAGAGGAGGCCAAUGCGAAGAAAGCCGGCAAGCGCACGAACGAAGACCGUGUCAACGCCAAAAUCUUCAAAUAA